GCGUACUCAACAACGAGCAAACAUGGCUGCCUCCUGUAGCAGAGGCGUGAGGUCGCUCUUAUGGAAUUAUGAGACUUGCAAAAAAGGCUUAUGUGUGUCCUUAUCAAGAACAUGUCUGCGGCUGCCCGUCAGACAGAUUUGUGUGUCUGCUUCUGUGUGGAGAAAGAACUUGGCAGCUGCAGGCCCAAAGAAAUACACAGAAGAGUUUAUCAAGAAGCAGGUGGAGGAGUUUGAGAUUGGCAAACGUCACCUGGCCAACAUGAUGGGGGAAGACCCAGAAACAUUCACACAGGAGGAUAUUGAUAAGAGCAUUGCAUAUCUCUUCCCCUCUGGACUGUUUGAGAAGCGAGCAAGGCCUAUCAUGAAGCAUCCAGACCAAAUAUUCCCAAAACAGACAGCUGUCCAGUGGGAUGCAGAUAGACGUCCUUUCCACUUUCUGUUCUACACAGGGAAACAGUCUUACUACUCUCUCAUGCAUGAUGUGUACGAGAAGAUUUUGGCAAUAGAGCGACACCAAGACAAGAUGAGAAAUAAAGGCCUCUUCACAUCAGAUAGCAAACAAAUUUCGCUAUUUGGAAGCAGGUGGCUGGUGAAAGAGGAAAUGGAGGAGCUUCUGGUUGAGAAUAUUUCAGAUCAAGAUUACAUGCGGUUUAUUCAGCUGAUGGAGAGACUGUUGUCUAUGCCCUACGGCUCUCUGGAAGAGGAGUUUGUACAGAAGUUCCGCAGACAACUGGAGGUUCAGUCCAGUAAACAGGAGAUCGCUCCGCUACAGUAUGACUCACAGGGAAUUGCUUUCAGCGUUGCAGAUGGCAGAAGGAAGUCAGCCAAAGCUAGCAUCACCCUCAGGGAUAGCGGCUCUGGAAACAUCACAAUCAACGGCAGGAACUACCUCCAAUACUUUUCUUUACUACAGGACAGGGAGCAGCUGAUGUUUCCUCUGCACUUUGUGGACAUGCUGGGCAGGUUUGACAUUGAGGGCAGCGUGGAGGGGAGCGGUCACUCGUCUCAGGGCGGAGCUCUGAGAUUGGCCAUCUCACGGGCCCUGCUUAGCUUUGUGUCGGAGGGAGAGGUGGAAAAAAUGAGGCAAGCUGGCCUGCUGACCGCUGACCCCAGAAUCAAGGAAAGAAAAAAGCCAGGCCAGGUAGGAGCACGGAAGAAAUUCACCUGGAAAAAGCGAUGAUCAAAAGCAGCCCUACAGGCCAACAUGACUGGGAUUGUGGAACUUUCCUCUCUCUCAUUGUCACACACUGGUUGUGAUGAUCAUAUCCCGCUAAACAGACAUAAACCAGCCAUGAGGUGAUAUACAAAUAUGGCUAUAGGAAACUAUUCUCUGUGUAUUGUGUCUAUUUAUGAUGUAUUAAAAGAUUUGUCAACAUCUUUCAAUAAAUGUCAAUUUUCUA